GAGCCUGAGGUGCGGAGCCCCUGACCCGCCCCGGGAGUCGCUGCCCGGCCUCGAGUCCGUGCUCCCGCCGAACUGCUGCGCCGGGCCCGGGGAGCGCCUUGAGCCAGCCGCAGUCGGGCGUCCCUCGCCGCUCACACCCCUUCGCCCUGCGGGGCAAGGAGCGGCGCGGCCCGGAGCGCCGGGGGCUCCGGGCGCCGCUUCCAAGCGCGUAAGGGUUUGUCUGCAGGCGGAGCUCUACCUGACCGACCUCGCGUCUACUGGUGCCUUGCUCGGGGAGAGUCCCUCAGGAGUGACGCCAGGUGGACACGCGCCCUUAGUUUUGGUUCCAAAUGUUUCUCUUGUGCUGUGGGAAGAGGUGUGAAUGACAGAGGAGGUGCCCCCAACUGCAGUUAGUGACAUAAACCUGCGUCUUCUCUGCCACGAUGACAUAGAUGUAGUGAAACAGCUCUGCGGUGACUGGUUCCCAAUAGAGUACCCUGACUCAUGGUAUCAGGACAUCACUUCCAACAAGAAGUUCUUUUCCCUUGGAGCCACCUACAGAGGCACCAUUGUGGGAAUGAUAGUAGCUGAAAUAAAGAGCAGAACAAAGGUGCAUAAAGAGGAUGGGGAUAUUCUAGCUUCCAAUUUUGCGGUCGAUACUCAAGUUGCUUACAUUUUAAGUCUAGGAGUGGUGAAAGAAUUUAGAAAACAUGGAAUAGGUUCCCUCUUACUUGAAAGCUUGAAGGAUCAUAUAUCGACAACUGCCCAAGACCACUGUAAAGCCAUCUACUUGCAUGUCCUCACCACCAACAAUACAGCAAUUAACUUCUAUGAAAAUAGAGACUUUAGACAGCACCACUACCUGCCCUAUUAUUAUUCUAUCAGAGGGGUCCUCAAAGACGGCUUCACCUACGUUCUAUACAUCAAUGGCGGACAUCCUCCUUGGACAAUCUUUGACUACCUACAGCACAUUGGCUCAACGCUCGCCAGCCUGAGCCCAUGUUCGAUUCCUCACCGGAUAUACCGCCAAGCCCAGAGUCUCCUCCGCAGCCUGCUGCCAUGGUCUGGCAUUUCUGCAAAGAGUGGUAUUGAAUACAGCCGGGCAACGUGACACAGUCAGAUGGUGACAGCAAAGCGAGAGGAUCAUUCUUCCCUUUAUCUCCUGAAUCAUCUGACUCUGCACUGAUUCCAGUUAUGUGGGCUUCCGAUCAACAACCCAGCCUCUUAACAUUGACCACUCAGCUGUGGAUUGAGAUUUGGCAGACCGUAUGCUUGACUUGCUGCAGCCCUGAUUUGCCAUCUUCUUGCCAGAGUCCCAAGGCAUCCUAUGUGGAUUGACAGUCAUUACUGUCUUAUAAGGGGUGUCACUGUGCUGUAGGCAAGUGGCCCUUCCUAUUACAGCUUUGUGUGUUACACCUCCCCUCCUCUCCCUCUCCCCUUGCUUUUGGCCAGUACUCACAUAGAUGCACAUAGUUGUACAUGAGAUGGACAAGGAUGCAGUCAUCUGCUUUGCCAUAGCAUAGCUAAUGACAGGAAUGCACAAUAAGGCAAUCAACAUGCACUGACCAACCAUGUUAGAGCCCACACAAUACAUCAGAGGGCCAGGGCUGGGCCAUGUCCUUAGUCCAAGGUCCGAUGGAAAUGGGGCACAUUUCUCUUGGGCUCCCGUGCUCCUGCUGAGGAGUCUGUGUUGCUGCUGGUAACACUCCUGACCACUCACAGGAAGGAAACUGCUGCUGAGCUGCCCAGAGAUAGUCAUCACCCCAUGACUUAAAAAGAAGCGUCUGAUUCACGAUGCUCCAAAGUAGGAGACAGGGAUUGAAAUUACUGUUUCAUAGUGAAAUUAUAUAUAUACUGUAUAGAUCCUUCUGCCUUGAGUCUGAGCUAGAGCUCACCAGGAUAUGAGUGGGGGAGAUGUAUAGAGUUAUUCCUGUAGUUGGAGCCCCAGAGGAAAGAGAGUGAGACAUCUCCAUUCCCUUACCUUGUCACCAUUGGAACCUAAGUUAAUCUCCCGCAGGCUCUCUAAGAAUGAGAUUUGUGCACAGAUUGCUGCUUUUGAAGUCAAUUAGCUGCUGCCCCUCUUGUGUUUGUAGAGACUGCAGGCCAUGAGAGAUGUGCAGGGGAUGCGCCGAUGGGCAGCCUCCCUGGGUCUUUGCCAGGAGUCUGGUAUUGAAGUCCCUGAGGAGGCUGCAAUGUGACUGUCAACAGUGAAAUGCUUGCUUUGUUUGUACAAGACUUGUGUAGGACACUUGUCUCCCCAUGUGGAGCUUGCCAGACAUUGACCUCCCCAAUAGGCAGAAGGCCCCAGACCCUCCCCACGUAUUAAAUUAAUGUGCAAAAAGAUCCCAUAGCCACAGGAGGGGCACCUGAGUGCUAGCAGGACAUUAGAAUAGUGCUGUCCCUCAGCUCUGCUAGUGGGAGCAUUUAGGACUGAGCAAAUAGAAGCAAAGCAUACACUGUUGGUAAAUGCCUGGCCUCCUUCCAGCAAUGGUCAACAAGCCCCUUCUUCCCCUGGCGGAGGCUGUGCUCCCUUGGCUCUGCACCCCUGUCCCCACUGUUCAUGUACCCACUUUGAAACUGGGAGUUGGCAGAGGAAGUCUUGAACUAAAGUUGGUGUGUUGUCUCCUGCUGCUGGCAGUGUGGGUGGCAGGUAUCUAGGAGGUUACUAUGGAGACAGGGAGUGAUGGGGUCUUACAGCACAAAGUUGCUUAAAGUAACUUAAAUCUGCUGGAAGAACUAGCUCUCCAGAUGUCACUUAAAGACAAGUCAAUGUCUAACUGUAGAGGAUAACUAUCCCCUUGCUAUUACCAUGCCAACUGCUAUCUAAAUAGGGUGGGAAUAGCAUCUGUCUUGUCAGGGGCCUCUGCCUGGCACUGCCAGAAUCCCAGAUAAAGGGCAGGCUUGGCACCCCCCGUCAGGAGGCCCUGAGAAGCCCGUUUUUUAAUACAGAAUGUGUGCUGCAGAUACAGCUUGCACUCUAACCCUGACCCAUGUGGGUUGGAGCCAAGCCCAGGAAGUUUCUUCAAUCAGGCCCUGGGAUGCCACUGUGUGUCUUGCCUUGAGGCAGCAGUGGGGAUCAUUGUUGAAGAUGCUGUUCAUUUUCCAGCUCAGCAGGACAUGCUCAGCUUCAUUUGUUAUAUUGCUGGAAUAGAUUGUUUAAUCACAAAAGAGACUGUUUCUCAGUCAAAGCAUUCUAGGUAUAGUGUGUAAGAACAGCUGGGAUUUCCCCGCAUGGAGCAGGAACAUUCCUGUUGUGGAGCUGGUACAGAUGCACAAACUGCGGCUGUGCAGUGGGGAAAUGUCUGAGCUUCAAAAUGGGUGCUUCACUUUGUGUAGAUCAUGUGGACUGAAGGAGGCUAAUGACUCGAAGGGAGAGGGCCUCUGGGGAAAGCUGGAGAAUGGGUUGGUGUUGGGGCUGCACAGUUAUCGUUGUGUGUCUAAUUCAGUGCAGUGGGGCAGGUAGAGCCCCUGCCUGAGAAAGAGGGCAGUGACCAACCAGCAUGGGCUGGGACCAGAGUUUUGUGGGCAAACUUCCCCCAUUCUCUGUGAGGAGGGGAGAUCUAGCCAGUGCCAUGCAGUGAUCUCACCAGGUCCUGCAAUGGGAUGAUCUUCACCCAUUCAGACUGAGAAUCAGCCCUCCUACCCUACCAGCUCUGCUUCAUUUUUGUGCACGUACCUUACGUCUUUCAGGUCUUUUGGCUGGGGAGUCCUUCUCUUGCAAAGUUGUCUCCCAGGAAGGAAUGGAAUCUCUGCAUGUGUAUGUGCACUCCAUGCUCUGCAGCCAGGGCCACCCCACCCCACCCAGCAGGCUGGGCAAGAUGACAGUCCUCUCCUCCUGACACUGAAAUGUCUUAGAUCCAGCAUGACAGUUAAGCUGCUUAGAAGUGGGUUUUUUAAAGGGCUAUUCUGAACCAAGCCUGUUUCCUUGGGAUGGGCUGACACCUCCCCGGGGAACUUGUCAGCCUUGUUCUCCUGUCACCUUGUUUUUCUUGUCUCCCUGGCCCACCUGCCUGGUAUGGAUACCAGUGUGCUCUAUAUGGGGGGUGGGGCGAGGGAGGAAGAACUGUUUCCUAAUCAUCCAACAGAAACUUUUAGCAAAUGUUAACAGUGUAAAGAAGUUCUAACCCAGUAUUCAUUAUGCACUCAGCUGCUGGACCACGUGGGAUGUUAAGGGCUGCAGCCCUUGUGGGGUACAUCCCUCUGAUCUGCCCAGCCCAGGUCUCCAGACUCUGGCUGAUUUACAGCAGCCUGAGAUUUCCUCUCCCUUCAGUGCCCAUCUGUAUUCUAGUCAGGAAACUCCAUCCUGCUUCCCCUGUUGCACUCAGAGAGACAGGGUCUGAUUGGCUUGAACUCCUAUUACAGACCCUUCUGGAGAGGCCUUGCCAUUCACAGUCAUUGUGAGACAGAUGGCUUUAUUCUCAACAUGUUUUUAGAUGGGGCUUGUUGGUUCUUCCCACUGUAAAUGAGUUGGGUCCCCAGUGGGAAAAAUCCUGAGCUCUCCCUUCUGUGCCAGUGAGAUCUUCCCAGGCAGAGCAGCCAUUGUCAAUCUGCUUUGGCCAAGGCCUCUGGCUGAAAGGAUUUGUCAGUUGAAACUGUUCCUGGUAAUACUGUAUGGAGGCUCCUAGCUGUGAAAUUACAGGGGCACCUAUUCAAGCCCAGCUCCCUGCCCAAGCAGACUACAAUCAUGUAUCCUACACUGUAGUAUUUAGGACUGUGAAUUUUCCAAUGUAAAUGACCCUUGAUCUAGUGGCUCCAGGCAGAUUCCAUUUCCUCACAUCCAGAGGGAGAGGCUUUGGUUUAUCUCAAGGCAUCUUAACCUAAUUUGUAGUAACUGGUUUUGUAUUCCCCACCCCCCAUGUAGCUCAUUUUUUUAAGUGUGUACACUUGUGCUUGAGGAUUUAGUUGCUAAACAUGCUUCAGUGUGCAUGGGGUUUGUUUUCCUUGCACUUUACUAUCUCUCUGAAAUAGCUGUACAAUACAGAAUCUGUUUUUUCCCAAGGGCCUGAGUUUGAACUCUUCCAACUGUUUUUGUACCCAUGACUGUUGUCCAUGCUAACUCCCAGUGCUCCAGCAAGAGGAGACAAGCUACUUGUCCUACCUGCGAUGCCCCUUUAUGAACUCUGUCCUCAUUGCAACAGCUUGUCAAUCACACCACCCCUCCUGCCCUGUUAUUUAUUGAAGAGCAUAUUGCUGCCACAGUCAGCCUGUCUCUCUAAAUGUCUUUAAUUAAAAUGAUUUUUUCUUUUGUGA